AAAACUGUCUGUGCAAGCAGCCGCUGCAGAGUUUCAGCUCUCUGUUGGUGGUCCGGCUGCUUUUUUGUCUCAGUUGGUAACUACUGUAUCUGCCAGUCACUGCAGAAGAAUAGGAUGCCAUGACUACUGCCGUAAACAAGCUUUAAGUAGCUCUGUAUAUUGCCUGACGCACACACACAAACACAUACACACAGUACAGAGAAUUGUAGACAGUAUAGGGAGACUACAGAAGUGUACCACAUCUUGUGUUUUUUCUACAUGUAAGUACUUGUUGGACCAGACACCAAAGAUUCAGAGCUGCUGGUGAUGCCAGUGAGCCAACAGGACAGCGAGGAGCCGACAGACAAAAUGUUCAUUGAAAAUGCCAACGGACGACACCCACGUUGCCACCAUGAAUUCUUUCAGCGAAGUCGACCCUACAGGGGGGAGCUGCCGACGGUGGCAGGAUUUCUCCUCUACCCAGACACUCCUGCUAAAAUGGAGACCACGUCACGGGAGGCUUUCUGCUUUAGGCCCAUCCCACAACAAGACAGAAGCAAAGGAGACCAUUUCACCCAGGGCAUGCAGCAGCAGUCCCACUGUCGUCAUCCAACAUCCUCGAGACAAACAGGAAGAGGAAACAGCAGCAGCAGGGACAGGGAACCAGGGGAGGACGAGCAAGAGGGCAACCAUGAUCAGACGGGGUUGACAGCACUGAAAAAUGAACAAGUUACAACAGAGAUGCAGUCUCAGUAUCAGAAGGAUUUCCCUCCUCCAUCCUCCUUCCGCAGGAGGCGAACACCUGCCCUCCCGCAGCAAGACAACAUUGGCAUCAACCCUGCCUUCAGGAUCGAGUUUGGCACAGUCCAAAGAGAGACUUACCCUGGUUGGCCCGUCGUGAACUGCAGGUAUGCUGGCAGGCUGAGACCGGCCUCGCCCGGACAACCAAACACUUUUCAGAGAUAGUCUUCAACAUAUGUAAGAAAUCAGCUUGCAUGUGCACUUCUAGGCAAAAAAGGUUUGACAGGACAGUCACCUCAGACACUUUUGUGAUAUAUCUUCGCUAUAAAUCCAAGUUUGUUCCUGUGAUGAUGUUACGAUCAUACAAUGCACAGAAAUAAAUAAGAUUUUAUAAACGAGUGAAACACAUGACA